AUAGAAAGAGAGUAAGAGAGUGAGAGUGAGAGAGACAAAGAGAGAGAGAGAGAGAGCAACAGAGAGAGAGAGUGAGAGACAGAGAGGGAGAGAGAGAGAGAGAGAGAGAGAGACAGAGAGAAAAGCCAAAAAGGAGGGGGGCUCUGUAGAAAAACAGACUAAGGGGCUGCUGUGGUAGAGGUGACAGACUCGGUGUUAAGACUAUGACAGAGCUGGAGGAAACAUGUUCAGGUGUUCAGCUUUUAUCAAUGGACUCCAAACAAAAAGGUAACAAAGUCUGCAUCUGUAGCAUAUGAAUUAAUUAAACUGCGGAAACCCUUGAUAAAGUUUGGACACUUAUACUGUGCUCAUUAGGGACACGGUUACUAAAGAGGAACUUUAGAGUUCGGGCUACCUGCUGAUUCUCCGGUGAAUGAGCACGUCACUUAUUGGUAGGCUUCAAAACAACAUCCACUGCAGGGGAAACGUCUCUGACAGAAGAUCGUGAGGAGGAGAGAGAGGAGGGGGGGGGGGACAAGAGAAAAAUAUCCAUGGAUUUUGUCAUGACUUUAUUCACAGAAGAGCCUUAAAUCAAACCUUCACGAGGAAGGCAAGGGAUUUAAAGGAGGAAAGAGAGAGAGAGAGAGAGAGAGAGAGAGAGAGAGAGAGAGAGAGUGGUGGAGAUCAACGCAUUUAUCUGAGACCAUUCUUGUAAGGGUGCUACGGUCUGCAGUAUGAUUCUCCCUGUGGUUUUUCCUCUGGUGCUGCUGCUGGUCUGUGGGCCGGGCUCCACACUGCAGGCGGAGGCCGAGGAGUUGGAGAGCAUAGAUGAGGUUCUGGAGCGGGAGUUCCUCUUCGCCGGACGCACCAAGCGUGCUGCGUCCGCUGACGCCUCCUCGCAAGUAGACAAGUGCUCCUACACUUUUAUCGUCCCCCAGCAGAAGCAAACCGGCGCCAUCUGCGUUAACUCCAAGGAGCCCGACAGCCUCCUAGAGAACCGGGUCAACAAACAGGAGCUGGAGCUACUGAACGGCGAGCUUCAGAAGCAGCGGCGACAGAUGGAGUCGCUGCAGCAGCUGGUGGAGGUGGACGGCGGCAUCGUCAACGAGGUCAAGCUCCUGCGCAAGGAGAGCCGCAACAUGAACGCUCGCGUCACGCAACUCUACAUGCAGCUGCUACACGAGAUCAUCCGCAAGCGCGACAACGCCCUGGAGGUGUCUCAGCUGGAGAAUCGCGUGCUCAACCACACCUCUGAGAUGGGUCGGCUGGCUUCGCGCUACCGUGACCUGGAACACAAGUACCAGCACUUAUCCGCCCUCGCCGGCAACCAGAGCGCCGUCAUCGUGCAGUUGGAGCAGCAUUGCCGCCGAGGGGGCCACUCGUACGGGGGAGAGAGAGAAAGGUCUCGUCCUGUUCGCCCUCAGCCCCCCGUGGUGCCACAGCAACCUACGCAGCAGAGGCCGGUAGCGCCACCAGUGGCUAGUAAACCCUACCAUCCACCCACAUAUACCCGCAGCAACCAGAUCACCAAUGAAAUCCAGAGCGACCAGAACUCCAAAGCGUUGCCACCUCCGCUGCCCACCAUGCCCAGUGGCACUCACCAGCCAUCCACAACAAACAAGCCCUCAGGGCCUUUCAAGGACUGCCUUGCUGCUCUAGAGGAGGGUCACGCCACCAGUGGCAUGUACCUGGUCAAGCCUGAGAACGCCAACCGGUUGAUGCAGGUGUGGUGUGACCAGAGGCACGACCCCGGCGGCUGGACAGUCAUUCAGAGACGCCAGGACGGCUCCGUCAACUUCUUCAGGAACUGGGACACCUACAAGCAAGGGUUUGGUAACAUUGACAGUGAAUACUGGCUGGGUCUUGAAAACAUCUACUGGCUGACCAACCAGGGCAACUACAAGCUUCUGGUGAUGCUGGAGGACUGGUCCGGUCGCAAGACCUUUGCCGAAUACGCCAGCUUCCGUAUUGAGGCAGAGGCAGACUUCUACAAACUAAGAGUGGGUCGCUACCAUGGCAACGCCGGGGACUCCCUCACAUGGCACAACGGCAAGCAGUUCACCACGCUGGACAGGGACCACGACGUGUAUACAGGUAACUGUGCCCAUUACCAGAAGGGUGGCUGGUGGUAUAACGCCUGCGCCCACUCCAACCUGAACGGCGUGUGGUACCGGGGCGGGCACUACCGCAGCCGAUACCAGGACGGCGUCUACUGGGCCGAGUUCCGGGGCGCUUACUCCCUGAAGAAAGUGUCCAUGAUGAUCCGACCCAACCCAAACACCUUCCACUAAGACCACCGUUUUUCCAAGAGCGAGAGAACCAACCGCAGGAAAACCUUGUUUUUUAAAUUUUUGUAAACAGGCAUUUUCUCCAACUUGACCUCUGUCCUGAGGUGCAAUUCAUUUCAGCUUCUGUCUUGGCUUUUUGUUUUCUUCUGAUUCCUUUAAUCGCUUUACAUUCAUAAAUAUAUAGAUAUAGCAUACAAGUGCAAUGGCUGUCUUGUGUAUGGCUCACAGGGACAGGGUGGUGUUCCCCCCCCCCCCCCCCACAGGUUUCAAAGCCCUCUUUGCAGGAUUCCUCCAGCGUUCUAUGGAGGCACAGGGCCACAUGGUUUACCUUCUCGGAAGAACUACCAGGGUAGUCAAGUUCCCUCUGAGGAGCUUGCAAAAACAAUUGCAACUACAAAGACAGGCCCUGUGCCUUUCGGACACAGACUUUGCACAUAUGCUUGCAUGAAUGCAGAAGUGAUGGUGCAGCUUUUUGUUGUGUUGUUCUACAGUUGCUGACAAAUGAAACCAAGAGAGAAGUUUGUAUUACAGGUUUUUUUUUGUCAUUGGUUGUGGGGAAAAAAAAGGGGGGAAAUAUUUUUGGGGAUGUUUAUUGUGGUUGUUAAAUAUACAUACAGCACAUCUCCAUAAAGUUUAUAUUUGACCGUU